AUGAAUUAUUUCCUAACCAAUUUAAUGUUUUCCGAUGUGAUCGUCAGUAUAGCAAAGGUGGUGCAAAUUGAUUUGGUUGGAGUGAGGGUAUUCUUGAAAAAAUAUGGCAUGUUGAUAAUUACAAUGUAUAUUCCUCCAGGUCUACCUAUAUCUUGUUAUGAACAAAUGUUUGAAUAUUUGGAAAAUACUGUUGAUUUCUCGGAACCGAUUCUUAUCAUUGGAGAUUUCAAUAUUCCGGAACUUAUUGAAUGUGAAAUAGGUACAAGGACAACUCAAAUGUUUAAUAUUUAUAGCCACUUUUUAUCACUAAACGAUUUGAAACAGAGAAAUAAAGUUUGCAAUAGUUUUUCUAAACUCUUGGACUUAGUGUUGUCAACGGAUUCUUUGGCGUUAGAAGGGGAGCCAGAUGUGAUGUUUCAAAGACAAACAGAUUUUACAAAAUUCAACUUUUAUAAAGCAGAUUUGGAAGGUCUAUAUCUAGCAUUAUCAAUUGCUGACUGGUCAAAAUUACUAAAUUGUGUUGAUGUUGAUGAUGCUUGCAAUAAUCUAUAUAAUACAAUAUAUGGUCUCUUUGAACAAUAUGUACCAUUAGCAAAAUACAAAACGUCAAAAUAUCCGUUGUGGUUCACUAAACAUAUUAUCCAGCUAAUUAAACAGAAGAGUAGGCACUGGAAUAAGUAUCGUAAAACAAAGGCACAGUAUCAUUAUGACAGGGUAAAAUCGUUAAGUACAGAAAUAAGACGUGAAGUAAAAAAGGAAUAUGCAAUGUUCAUCAGGAAUACGGAAAACUCUAUCAAAAAUGACCCGAAGAGAUUUUGGUCAUUUUUUAACGCUAAGAGAAAAUCGACGAGCAUUCCAGGUAGAAUGACACAUGAUGGGAAUGAAUUAACCACAUCAGCGGAUAUUGUGCAAGCGUUUGCUGAUCAAUUUGCCAGUGUCUUUUCAAAUAAUGGUGCUAAUCAUCAAUGUGAUUCCAACUGUGAAAUGAAUGGUACAUUCUGUGAGUUCUGCGAUAAAAGUUGUUGUGCUAGUAAAGAUUUUUGUAACUCCUGUGAUUCUCAUCCUAUAUUGUCAAAAUUUGUCAUCGAUCGUUGUGAUAUACUGAAUUCUGUUAAAAAACUCAAGAGCAACUUUGUAACUGGACCUGACAACAUACCUGCUUUCCUAGUUGUUGAUUGCAUUAAUAGUUUAAUAGAGCCUUUAUUAGAUAUUAUUCCAGAACAGCAUGGUUUUGUGAAAGGUCGGUCAACAAUGACGAACCUUUGUGAAUUUACUCAGUAUGUGUCCAAUGCUUUAGACAGGCGUUUGCAAGUUGAUACUAUUUAUACUGAUCUGUCUAAAGCAUUUGAUACAUCAGUUAUAGUAGGUAGACAACAAUAUGUUGAAUUUGGUGGUCACAAGUCCUCAAUAUUUAAUGUUGGUAGUGGAGUUGCGCAGGGUAGUAACUUAGGCCCAUUGUUAUUUAUACUAUUUUUUAAUGAUGCAACGGCGCUAGGAACUUUAAGUUCCCGUGGCCUCCUGGGAUCUCUUCCAAAAAAGACCAUUUUAAACUGGGAGUUCGCAGACCUGUUAUAUACGGCCGUGAUCAGCAUUAAGCCCUCAAUGCAAACGGCUCUAAAGUCCUUGCUAUGCACAGCAGCACUGUUGAAACAUGAGAGUGAAAGCAAUACGAGUACAACACAGACGUACAACAAAACGUGUUGUUUACUGUAA